AGAGAGAGAGAGAGAGAGAGAGAUAUCUCGUCAGUUUGGUGAGUUAGAAAAUGUGGAGGCUCAAGGUUGCAGAUGGGGGCAAUGAUCCCUACAUCUACAGCACCAACAACUUCGUGGGAAGACAGAUAUGGGAGUUUGAUGCUGAUUAUGGAACCCCAGAAGAGCGAGCUGAGGUCGAAGCAGCUCGUGAAAAUUUCUGGAAAAAUCGAUUUCCAGUUAAGCCCAGCUGUGAUCUUCUCUGGCGAAUGCAGUUUGCAAGGGAGAACCCAUGUGCCGCAAACUUGCCACAAAUCAAAGUUCAAGAUUUGGAAGAAGUGACGGAGAAGGUGGUGACGACUACCUUACAAAGGAGCUUAAAUUUCUAUUCAACUAUGCAGGCACACGAUGGUCAUUGGCCAGGAGAUAAUGGGGGUCCUAUGUUUCUACUACCCGGAUUGGUCAUUACUUUACAUAUUACAGGAGCUUUGAAUAUUGUCUUAUCAAUAGAACAUCAACGUGAAAUGUGCAGAUACCUUUUCAAUAAUCAGAAUGAAGAUGGAGGUUGGGGGCUACACAUUGAGGGCCCGAGCACCAUGUUUGGUACUGUGCUAAGCUAUGUUACUCUAAGAUUGCUUGGUGAAGGAGGUUUUGGUGUAGAAGGAGCAAUGGAAAAGGGACGAAAAUGGAUCUUGGACCAUGGGGGUGCAACUGCAAUAACUUCUUGGGGGAAAAUGUGGCUUUCUGUACUUGGUGCAUAUGAAUGGUAUGGAAAUAAUCCACUCCCACCAGAAGUGUGGCUAUGUCCUUACAUUCUUCCAAUUCAUCCAGGACGAAUGUGGUGUCAUUGCCGAAUGGUGUAUUUGCCCAUGUCGUACAUAUAUGGGAAGAGGUUUGUUGGUCCAAUUACACCUACAAUUAUUUCUUUGAGAAAUGAAUUGUACAUAGUCCCUUAUCAAGAAGUAGAUUGGAAUCAAGCCCGCAAUCAAUGUGCCAAGGAAGAUCUAUACUAUCCACAUCCACUGGUUCAGGAUAUUCUAUGGGAAUCUCUUCACAAGGUGCUUGAGCCUAUUCUGGGGCAUUGGCCCGGAAACAAGUUGAGGGAGAAGGCUUUAUGCACUGUAAUGCAGCAUGUACACUAUGAAGAUGAGAAUACACGGUAUAUAUGCAUAGGGCCUGUGAACAAGGUGUUAAAUAUGCUUUGCUGCUGGAUUGAAGAUCCAAACUCAGAGGCCUUUAAGUUGCAUAUUCCAAGAAUUUUUUAUUAUUUGUGGAUUGCUGAAGACGGCAUGAAAAUGCAGGGUUCUAAUGGAACUCAAUUAUGGGAUACUUGUUUUGCUGUUCAAGCAAUUAUUUCAACAAACCUAUGUGAAGAGUAUGGUCUGACUUUAAGGAAGGCACACCAAUUCAUAAAAAAUUCUCAGGUCUUAGAAGAUUGUCCUGGAGAUCUGAAAUUUUGGUAUCGUCACAUUUCCAAAGGUGCUUGGCCAUUCUCAACUGCUGAUCAUGGAUGGGCGGUCUCUGAUUGUACAGCAGAAGGAUUGAAGGCUGUUCUACUAUUAUCUAAACUUCCAUUGGAAACAGUUGGGGAACCAUUAGAUAUGGAGAAAUUAUUUGAUGCUGUAAAUGUUAUCCUUUCAUUACAGAAUGCAGAUGGUGGUUUUGCAUCAUACGAAUUGACAAGAUCUUACCGAUGGGUGGAGUUAAUCAAUCCUACUGAAACUUUUGGUGACGUUGUCAUUGAUUAUCCAUGUGUGGAAUGUACCUCAGCUGCAAUUCAAGCAUUAACAUCGUUCAAGAAAUUAUAUCCUGAGCAUAGAAGGCACGAAAUAGAAAAUUGUAUUUCUAAGGCUGCCAAGUUCAUUGAAGACAUACAGGCUCCUGAUGGCUCUUGGUAUGGAUCGUGGGGAGUUUGUUUCACUUAUGGUGCGUGGUUUGGAAUAAAGGGAUUGAUAGCUGCUGGAAACACAUACAGUAAUUGCCCCUGCAUUCGUAAGGCUUGUGAUUAUCUGUUGUCCAAGGAGCUUGCUUCAGGUGGUUGGGGGGAGAGUUAUCUGUCAUGCCAGAACAAGGUGUACACAAAUCUCCCUGAAGAUAAGCCACAUAAUGUCAAUACUGCUUGGGCUAUGUUGGUUCUCAUUGAUGCUGGACAGGCUGGGAGAGAUCCAAACCCACUACACCGUGCUGCAAGGAUAUUAAUAAAUUCCCAAAUGAAGAAUGGAGAUUUUCCUCAGGAGGAAAUCAUGGGAGUCUUCAACAAGAACUGUAUGAGCAGCUAUUCUGCAUAUCGGAACAUUUUUCCUAUAUGGGCACUUGGCGAAUACCGGUCUCGGGUACUUCAUUCUUCCUGAAAAUGUAAUUAUAACGUUCCAAAGAAUGAGAUGCAUGCUUGUCUACUGAGUGUAGCCCUUGUCAUGUUUAUAGCGAAUAAGGGUCCCGGUUGGGACUUUUCUGCUUUGUGUUGCUUGAAUUUUCUGGGAAAAGAAACAUUAUUGGGUUUAAGAUAAUAUGUGGCUAUAGGGUCUAAGAUAAUAUGUAAGAAACCUAAGCUUAUCUUGAUUUUGAUCCAUGGAAAGGCAUGUAUGCUGGGGAGGCCCUAGCCAUCAAAUUUAUGUAAUUGACAAUCGUGGAAAGGGUUGUAUGUGUAGUUUGAUUAAAAGAAUUUCACAGGUCUAGAAUGUAAAAAUCAUGCAUAGUUUAAAGGAAUUCAUUACAUCUAUGAUGCUA